AUGACUGAGACCGCUAGCUCAGAACAGCCGUCCAAGCAGUUCAAGAGAAAUUAUGUGGCUUGUUUAAAUUGCCGUGUGAGGAAAGUCAAGUGUGAUCUAGGAGACCUCAAGAAGCCCAACAGCAAAUGCGCCAGGUGUGAACGAGAGAGACGUGAUUGUGUAUUUGUUGAGUCAAAGAAGCGGAAUUUGCAAAGACUACGUAUAGCGCAAUUGCAAGGAAGCAAAGAUGCCGUUUCUGGUAUUCAUGGCUCGCCUACCAUGUCGCUGACUUCGAAUGGUAAUACUCCGGCAAUAACCGCUCAUCCCUCGGGUACUCCCGACAGCAAGGUUACAACUGAUACAGAACCCUCAAAGCAUUUUUCAACUAUGGAUGGUCCUUUAGCCUUUCUUGCAAAUGCUGCUGGUAAGCUUGCAUCUGCAGACGAACGAAACAGGGUUGAUAGUCGUCACAUGUACGGUCAGCUACAGGAAUCGUCUCCGUUUCCCGUCCUGAGUGAGAGAUCCAGGCUUCUUGGCCAGCCUAAUAGUCGUUCUGUGAUUGUGCUGCCUGUUGCUUCGAAAGAAAGUGCAAACGGAGAGUAUUUUCAUCGAAAAGCAUCCUUGCCCAACAGUUAUAUGGCUCCACCGAUGGGUAAAUCAGCCACCGUUCCUUCGUCAGCUCCUGCAAGCGAUCCCCCAAGUGCAUCCAUCGAUGGCGCAGGUUCCCAGUGGCCAUCUUAUUUCAGUCGACCUGAGAAUCAAUCUCAACGUUUGACGAUGCCUCCAGCUGAGUCCGAAGCUGAAAUACGGCCUCGAGGAACCCUGGAUUUGAACUCUAUCGUCUAUAUAGGUGAAGAUGGUAUCCUCACAGCAGACGAGGCUGCAUACUUUAUUGAGAUGUUCUUCACCACAAUGCAUCCUUUCUUCCCACACAUACCCCAAUUUUUGCAUCUGCCUUCUGUGUUGGCGGGCUACCCUAUUCUCCUUUGCGCUGUUCUCACUAUUUCGUCGAGAUACCACUCCCUUAAUCGCACCACCGCAGAUGGUGUUCCUAAAAAUAUCGAUGUUCACGACAGACUUUGGCUCUACGUUCAGCGGCUCAUCUCACAGACUGUGUGGGCCGAAGCAAGCACAAGAUCCAUAGGAACAGUUUUUGCGUUCCUUCUCUUCACAGAAUGGAAUCCCAGAGCUAUACACUGGCGGUGGGCAGACUAUGCCAAUAGGAAUGAUGACCCAUGUGAUACGGCAAUGUCAUCACAUCCUCUAACGUACGCAUCAUCAGUGGCUGAAGCAACUUCAGAUGAACCUGCUGGAUUUGGGGCCACCCGUCGCUCUUAUAGAAUGGCCUGGAUGCUCAUUGGUUCUGCGGUGCGUUUAGCACAAGACACUGGUUUCAUGGAAGUGAGUUCCAAAACCUUCUUAGCCACCCACAUUGCUGAAAUGAACAGUGUCAUGAACAUGAGUCGGCGAAGUAUGUUGGGGGCAUCACUCGCUGACGUUGAGCUCGAUCAUGAGGAUAUUUCCGAGGUCGAUAUGGAAUCAAGAGAAGACAACGAGUACAAGGUUCUCAAGAUGACGGAAGAUGAACAAAAGAGAGUCUCAUCGGAACAUGUGCUAUCGUUCACCAGACCUCAAAAGGCUCAGAUUGAAAUACUUCAAAUCAUGUCUUUGAGUCAUGAAUCUCUAUAUGGCUACAAAGCUCCUCUCGGUUCCUUGAAUCAGCGUCAAAACCUAGCUGUCCUCAAUAUCAUCAGCCCAAUGAUUAAUAACUGGGCACGAAAAUAUGGAGACUUGAUGACUAUCUCGACAAAGACGGUUCGAAAAUUCAAUGUCAAUGACUACAACUCAUUCGACCCAGACGCCGCAAAGACACUCGCUGCAUACAUUCAAGCUGAAUCUUUUAUCUUCGAAUAUAACUACGCAAAGCUUUAUGUUUACUCCUUGGCCUUGAGUCCCUCUUCUAAAAAUACCCAACAGUCAAGUGGAAAAGUCAACUUAAAGCUCGACGAAAUAUCGAAGAGCGCUAAAUACAUCAAGCAAGCCUUCGCUGCAGCAAAUGAAAUUUUACAUAUGGCUCAUAGAGUUCACAAAGUGAAUAUGCUUCGUUUCAUGCCGGUUCGAUGGGUGACAAGAAUCGUGCGUGCUGUUGCAUUCAUCGUUAGAUGCUACUUGACCAUCACCGCUCACAAAUCUUCAGCUAAUGAUGAGAACGCCUCGGGAGUAAGUAGCGACAAUCUCGAUGCUACAAUCCUAUCGCUUUCCUUGAUCUCGGUUCAAACAAUUGUGCUGAGUAUUCAAAAGGCUGCUGUCACGCUAAGAGAUUGUUCUCCAGAUGAACUUCAUCUCUGCACUAGAUACUCCAACGUAUUGAUGUUCUUAUGUUCAGAAAUGAGAAGCAAGCUCAAGCAGUCUGGCGGAGAAGACGAAAUUGAUAGUAGCAACUUUCGUCCCCAGAAGAGCGAAGAUGGACUCAAAUUAAAGGAAGAGGAUGGCCAGCUUGGGUUUCAACCGCAGACGAUUCCGCAAAGUUACGCAGAUUACACGGGUCCUAGCCAAGAGGUUGGUCAAGUUCCAUCUUCCUUCGGAGAGUCAUCGCAAGCUCCAAAUAGUGAUCUCACAUACUUAGCAAAUAGUGAGCUCAUGGAAUGGAUCAUGAACAAUCGUGACGUGGGACUUGACUUUGUUGGCCCUUGGACAGAGCUUAUAGAGCAGCAACUAGAGGAUCAGCAUUUUGAUUUCAACGAUGGGCUAAACUUCACCAAUCCCUAA